GUCUUCCCUAAGGACAGUAUAGUGAUUUUAUUUGUGGUGUUGAAAAAAGUAUUUAAAAUGCACGUUGUUUAAAUGUGUUACAUAGUUUGCAAUUUAGAUACAUUUUCAAAUGGCUUGCUUUUCAAAUUUGACAGUAAAUUUUUCACAAUGCAUUAAGCAUAUUUCUUUAUUAUAGGCUCUUAUUACUACAGUGAGGCCAAGUUCAAAAGGUACAAAGAGAUGUAUUAAACUUCCUGAAAAGAGAAACUGAAAUUAAUUUCUUGCAUAAUUAAUGUGAGUUUAGUGGGAAUUACAAAGAAUGUUCAAGUAAAUAUAUCUUAAUAUAUUUGAGCUGAAAGUACACAGAGCAUUCAAAUCUACUCAAAUUCCAUUAUUUUGGUCUGAUUAAAUAAUUUUGAUUUACUGUAAUUUAUUUUGUGCAGCGACGAGACAUAAUGAACAAAACAUCUUUUCAGCGUGCUUGUCAAACGUAAAGUCAUUGCCACCAAAGCAGGAUCCUGCUUUUUAUAUCAUGCUUUAGAUUUCAGAAAAAACACGACAGUCCAGCUUUAGCGAUCUAAAAGAACCUGUUCUGAGAAGCAUGAUGAGUCAGUGACCUUAACGUACCGUGGAUGCAGUUUGGCUGUUUAACAAAGCAGCACAGUCUGUAAAAUCUGAGAAAUCUUGUAAAAUUGGAGGUACUUUCCAAAUGUUGGUACAGAUUUUGGUGUUUCUGGCUCAUUCCUUCGCUAAAAAACCUUUCUUAAAACCCGCAGGUGAAUGGGAGGAUCUGGCGCCUGACAAAGAAAUCUGAAAAAAGAAACCGCUGAGAACAUUUGUAGCAAAGUUACAAACAGAGACGUCAACUGAUCAUCUGCUUUAAUUAAAAUGCUAAAAACUAUCUUUAACUUCUUGGUGCUUUUUGCUGUUUUCAGCCUGAUAUGCUUUUCUGGGUUUUUAUUUUACAGCAAAAAUAAUGAUUUACUUUUCUUUACUGAUCCACAUCAUUUGGUAAAUACAAAAAAUAAAACUUCCUUAAACAUAGAGAAGACAACUGCAGUCCCAGAAUUCCACCAAAACAGGACAGCGAUGCCAGCAGCUUCUGGAAGACCUCUGGAGCCGUGCCCCAACAUCCCACCGAACCUCCAAGGAGUUCUUUAUGUGGAGUUCAGAACCAACCGGACUCUGGAGGACGUCCGGCAGCAUCUUGGUCCGCUGCUUCAGCAGGGAGGACGGUAUAAACCAGCCAACUGUGUCGCAAAACAAAAGGUAGCUAUCAUCAUCCCAUUCAGAAAUCGUUAUGAUCACCUGAGCCACUGGCUGCAUUACCUCCAUCCGAUCCUCAUACGACAGCAGCUGGACUACAGUGUGUACGUCAUCAACCAGGAGGGAGACGGAGUGUUUAACAAGGCUAAACUGAUGAAUAUUGGACACACUGAAGCCCUGAAGGAGUAUGAUUAUGAGUGUUUUGUCUUUUCUGAUAUAGACCUGGUACCUCUCAAUGAUCGGAACCUCUACAGAUGUUCUGAUAAGCCAAGACACUUAUCUGUUGCUGUAGACAAGUUUAACUUCACAUUACCCUACAACACCAUCUUUGGUGGGGUCACAGCGUUGUCCAGAGAGCAGUUUUUGAAAGUUAACGGCUUUUCAAACACGUUCUGGGGCUGGGGCGGAGAGGACGACGAUCUAUACCAGCGGAUCGUUUUCCGAGGAAUGUCCAUAUCCCGACCAGACUCUGUCAUUGGAAGGUACAAGAUGAUCAAGCAUGGAAGAGAUUUGCACAACGAUCUUAAUCCAAAUAAUGUUCAGAAACUAAAUGAAACGCCUCAAACUAUUGACAGAGAUGGACUUAAUUCUCUCAGUUAUACAGUCAUGGAGAUUAGGAAGAAUUCAUUGUACACAUUUAUUACUGUAGAUGUUCAGACUCCAGCAGGCUGAUUACCAACUCUGGGUCGUUGUCUUCAGUUGAACUUCAAUUUGUGGGACAAAAGUCAACACCCAGAUAAAGCCUUUUUUUAGAUUUGCCAACAUGCAUCCAAGAUUAGAAACAGCGUUUAUUUUAUGUUGAUUGAGACUCUUAUCCACCCACAAGGUGUGCUGUUUGUCCUAGCAGCUGGUAUCACCUUGGGGUUCUGGGGAGGGUCAUUGGGUCCUGCUGUCAUUAAUGUUCAUUCUUUUCUUUUGGUUGGAUUAGCCAGAGUAUUUUGUUAUAUAUUGUUUAUUUGAUAUUUUGUUGUAAGAAUAAUAAUCGACUGUAUAGUUCUCUGAU